AUGAACACCUUCGCAUCGCGUUUCUCCUCCACAAGUGCGGGCGCAGAGCUCAGCAAGGCCAAGGCUAUUGCAAUGGAAGAUGAUGACUUCUCUGAUGCAUCGUGGGGCUCAGAAGCUGGCUAUGGCAGUCUUGCGAAAGGCGUGCCGACUUUCUCAAUCCCUUCAGUAGCUGAUCCCACCGCCUUCCUUCGACUACAUACCGACGACUCUUCCGAUCCUAACUGCAGGAUCAAAAUUCAACACGGAACAACUACGCUGGCCUUCAGAUUCAAGGGUGGUGUGAUCGUCGCAGUGGAUUCCAGAGCUACAGCAGGAAGCUAUGUCGCAUCUGGGACGGUGAAGAAGGUAAUUGAAAUCAAUCCGUAUCUCUUGGGAACCAUGGCUGGUGGCGCUGCCGAUUGCCAGUACUGGGAAACCUAUCUGGGGAUCCAUUGCCGACUUCACGAACUGCGAAACAGGGAAAGAAUAUCUGUCUCCGCCGCGAGCAAAUACCUUAGUAACUUAGUUUACGGAUAUAAGGGCAUGGGGUUGAGCAUGGGCACGAUGAUUUGUGGAUGGGACAAAACGGGCCCAGCUAUAUUCUACGUCGACUCAGAUGGAACCCGGUUGAAGGGGGACCUCUUCUCUGUCGGAUCAGGUAGCACGUUCGCGUAUGGUGUGCUCGAUCAAGGUUACCAUUGGGAUCUUUCGGAUGAAGAAGCUCAAGAACUUGGAAGGCGUAGCAUCUAUGCUGCCGGUCACCGUGAUGCUUUCUCUGGUAAUACAUGUAACCUGUACCAUGUCAAGGAAGAUGGUUGGAAGUUCAUUGGAAAUUACGACGUGUCGAAAAUGCAUUACGAGGGCCCGGGCGAUGUGCCAGGAUCUGCAGGGGUUGCUUACGGCUACGAUAUUCGCGUUGAGGGACGAAGCUCGGCUGAUUCAUAG